ACUAAUAUUUUUAUUAUUUUAUUUUAGUGUUUUGGUUGGAAAUAGUAAAGAAUUAAUUUCUGCUCAAUGUCUUGAUUUUAAUUGAGUAUUGUUCUCAGAAUCUUACAGCAAUGGAGCAAUCUGAUAUUGGGUUAAAUCUGUAUUGUUUUGGGUGUUUGGUUGCGAAGGAAGAAAAGUCAUUUUAUUGCUUAGAUUUGCAGAAAUCAGUUUUGAAAACAGUUAUACAGGCAGAAUGUCUCUUCCUCUGCUACCUCUGCAAGCGGGCCUCACAAAAAGCAGAGCUGUUCAUACAAAAUGUCCAAAGUAACCAUAUUCUGCUUCAGAAUAUACAUAGGAUGGAAACUUCCACUCUACAAUCAGCUCGGACACAAACCCGCGCUCCGCACCAGCUGUCUCCAGUGUCCUUAGAUAUCAUAGAGUUAGGAACUGAAUCAACCCAUGUGGAUAGGAGGAACCUUGGCUAUGACAACCGGCUGAACGUUAAGCUAGAGAUGAAGGAAGAAAGAGUCCCAGAUAAUUAUCAAGAUGACAACAACAGCCAAGAGUCAUUUGUAAAAGAAGGCUUACCUCUCAAAGUAUUAUUAAAAGAAGAGAAAGAAACGGUACAAGUGAAGGAAAGCCCCAAGAAAACCCCCAGAAAAUAUAAGAAGAGAAAGAAGAAGAAUGAUGAUGAAGAUGAUGAGCUAGCAAUAAUACCGUUCGAAAUAACCCGAGAGCAAUGCUUCGAGGAGCGAGCCCGUAUGGCUCUCGACCAGCGCUACCUGACCUCCAUGUACAAGUGCACAGACUGCGUCAAGGGGUUCAACUAUAAGGACAGCUUCGAUAAACAUAUGGAGAAACACAGCGAGAGCAAUGGCAACUAUGAAUGCGAUGUGUGCAAGCAGAGAAUGAGCACAGAAAAUAAGCUAGUCGGUCACAAGAAAUACCACGAAAAGCGGUAUCGUUGCCCCGUAUGUGGCAUGACCCGCGCCAGUCGGGUUUUGGUGAAGGAUCACUACUCGGCCUUCCACUCCUCGCAUCAGAUUAGACACAAUUGCCCGCACUGCGACAAGACAUUUACACGUAAGCUAGCAUGGCGUAAGCACGUGUCCAGCGUACACGGUCGCGCGAGGGAGACGUGUCAAUAUUGUAAGAAGACUUAUGCCAACAAAGAUGUUCUUAAAGCGCAUAUAAACCUCCGGCACCCAAUAGAGGGCACCACAGCCCCAAUAGUCAAGUCCCACGUUUGCCAAGAUUGUGGGAAAGCGUUCAAGAGUCCUUCGUUACUCAAGAUACAUAGUGUCAAGCAUUCCCCCAACAAAGACUACUAUUGUGUCGAGUGUGACAAGAGUUUCAAAUCUUCGACAAUACUGAAACAUCACUUGAAGACUGCGUCCGUUCACGUUAACUACGUUGAUUUACCUUUGUCGUGCGAGCACUGUGGGAAACGGUUCGCGAUCCGACGGGACCUAGAACAACACAUCAACCGAGUACAUCUCAAUAUAAAACCAUUCCAAUGCGAUCGCUGCGAUAAGGCUUACGUGAAUGUGUGGUCACUGAACGAGCACCGUCGCCUGGUCCACGAGGGGUUCAAGCGGCCGCUGAAGUACCCUUGCUCCAUGUGCGACAAAGUCUUCGAUAGUAACCAGAUCCUCAAAGACCACGUCCGCACGCACACCGGCGAGCGACCCUUCCAGUGCAGCCGCUGUCCCGCGCAGUUCCGACAAGCCAGCACACUAGGGACCCACGUCAAACUUGUACACCUGAAGCUGACUAGAGAUGGCAGGCCCAAGACUUUGGCUGGCAAAUAUCCAAUGGUUCAAGAUCAAGCUUUUACCCAGCCUAAUACGACUGUAGAAUCAGGCCAGUAUAUUGGGGACACAUCUCAAACUAACUAGACACAACAAACCUUCCUUUGCUGGCAAAUACUCCAUCCUGAGUGAAUUUGGCCAUAUCGUUGCAGCCGCUGCACCGAACAGUUCCUACAAGCCAGCAUCUUUGGGACCCACGUCAAACUUGUACACUUGAAGCUGACUAGAGACGGCAGGCCCAAGACUAUGGCUGGCAAAUAUCAGCUAAUACAGGAUCAGGAGCAUUUUAGUCAAAUCAAAACCAACACAGAAUCAAACCAGUAUGCUGGGGACACAUCUCAAACUAACUAGAGACGACCGGCCUAUAGCCAGAGGUGCGAAACUCCUCGCUUCGGUAAAACUCGGCUCCGUUCGGCUCAGUAUUGCUCCGAGACAGGGAUGUUGCGGAUGCCGAUUUUUUGACAUCCGCGGAUGCGGAUUUUUAAAGGCUCACAUCCGCGGAUGCGGAUUUUUAAAGGCUCACAUCCGCGGAUGCGGAUGUCGAGAUUAGGCACAUAAAAAACGUCAAAUAUUACACUUUAGUA